AAACCAAGUAUACAAGUGGCAUAGGACUAUAGACUAGAUAUCUUAAAUACAAAAGUAAUAAUAGUGAUAUAUGCUAAUAGCUAUAUAUGUUCAGACUCUCUAUUUCUAAAUUAUUGAUUUAUUUCAACUUCUGUUUUCCUUGUUAAUAUUAACAUGAACACUUGCUCUCCAUUUUUCUUCCUUUCACUCAUUGCCAUAUGGCUCAUAUCUCUAACAGCUUUUGGAGCUACUACCAUUCACCCGGACGAAAAGAAAGCUCUUGAAGAUAUAGGUAAAUCACUUGGUAAGAAGGAUUGGAACUUCGACAUAGAUCCAUGCAGCAACAAACCUAACUGGUUUACGCCUCCCAUACCCAAAAUCUUAGAAAACAAUGUAACCUGUAACUGCUCUGUUCCUAGUGACAACUUCUGUCAUGUUACUAUAAUAAGUUUGAAAGGGCAAAAUCUUCAAGGCAGUCUCCCACGGGAACUGAACAGGUUGCAAUACCUUCAAACUAUUGACCUCUCUCGCAAUUACUUGAACGGUACAAUUCCUAAAGAAUGGGGCUCCAUGACGAAUCUUCUUAACAUUAAUCUCCUUGGAAAUCGAUUAACGGGUUCAAUACCAAAGGAGAUUGCAAAUAUAUCAACCCUGAUUCAGUUGGAGUUAACGGCUAAUCAAAUGUCUGGAAAUAUUACUUCUGAGCUUGGGAAUCUCCCCCAGAUUCGAACACUGCGAUUUUCGUCUAACAAUUUUUCUGGAGAGCUACCUGUGACAUUGGCCAAGCUCGCUACAUUGCAAGAGUUCCAAAUUUCGGACAACCAAUUCUCAGGAAAGAUACCCGAUUUUAUUCAGAACUGGACUAAUAUCAAUACGCUAAUCAUUCAAGGGAGCGGAUUAAGUGGACCAAUUCCUUCCGAAAUUUCACUAUUGAAAAACUUAACCGACUUGAGAAUUAGUGAUUUAAAUGGAUCUGAAUAUGCACCUUUGCCGCAACUUAAAAAUAUGACAUCGUUAAGCAAACUGCUUCUAAGGAAUUGCAACAUCAAUGGAACACUACCUGAUCUCGGGACUAAGGCAUCGUUAAAAUACUUGUAAUUGCUUACUUGCUACAUUUUAUUUGAUUAUAG